UCAUUAGCUACGGAUGGCAAAGGAUUAUCAAGAUAUCUAUGCAAUCAUGGAUCAUUCUUCUAUGGACAAGUCUGAAUUGGAAACUUAUUUAGAAGAACCAAUUUUGAAGCCUGAUAAUUGGAAAGAUUUGGAUGUCUUGAAUUGGUGGAAGAACAAUCAAACUCGGUUCCCAAAUCUUUCAAGGAUGGCAGCUGAUAUUUUGAGCAUUCCAAUCACAACUGUAGCUAGUGAAUCGGCUUUUAGUAUUGGUUCACGUGUUCUUACGAAGUAUAGAAGUUCCAUUCUUCCAACAAACCUUCAGGCUCUCAUUUGUGCUCGUAACUAG